AUGGCCUUUCAUGUUUAUUGGCCUGCUUUAAGUAUUUUGACUCUAUUUAUCGUCCUUGUAAUAAUAGUUUUGUUGAGAUGGGGUCCCAAGUUUUGCAAAACUCGAAACACUACAAUAAAUAAUGAUUUGCAUGGGUUGAAAAGGGUCAGAGUAUUAGAGUAG